AUGGCUCACGGCCAUGUUCUCGGUGUUGUCAACUUCAAAAGACGUGCCAAUUUGUCGAGAGACCAAAAGAGGACCAUGAACUGUUCGACUUCCUUGUCACCGGUGACAGUAAUGUUUCUAAUUCGUCGUUACAGCAAGAUCGAGGCGCUCCAGAGAGAGGUCGAGUUUCUUAAAUCACAGCUGCAAUCCUAUUCAUCCUCAGUGAUGGAGCGCUCACCUACCACCUAUCCAGCAGAGGAUCAGCCGACAUUCAUGACAGCGAGUCGUACCGACGUUCCGGCUCAUGGUGUAUAUACAUCUGCACCAGCAAGAGUCCCUUUGCAACCCGUGGGAUCGACCUGCACUAGCUCUCCAGAUACUGCUACAUUCCUUAACAGAGCCCAAGGAAGAUCGAGGUCAGCCUUCGAGACUGAUACAAUAGCCCCCACAACAGCUGAGCUCGGGAUUGAUAUGAAGGACGACGAGGCGCGGCUGUACUUCAAUGCAUUCUUCUCCGGCUGUGACCGCUACGUUCCCGUUUUUGACCAGCGCUUUGACACAAUGGAAGCUAUUCGCAACAACAGUGCUUUGCUAUUUAUCACAAUAUGCUCAGUUGGGUGUCGUGUGCUCAACGGCACAAGCUCGAGAUGGCGAGCUCUUGCACUCCAGACUCAACGCUUGCUCAAUGCCGCUAUCGUCAAUCCGUUGAUGGGAAGUCUUGAGACAGUACAAGCAAUUCUCGUUCAAGCCUGUUAUGCAGGAGAAAGGGCACUCCUCAUUGCAAUUGCCACGCGCAUGGCCUUGGAUCUUGGAUUCCCUGAAGCCUACGAUACGCUCAUUGCGGAAUCCGUCUUGGGAGACAUGCAGAUGGACAACACCGACCAAGCUACCUACAGCGACAACACUAUGCGCAUGCGCAAAACUAGAGUUUGGCUGCAUCUAUUGGUGAUGAGCUACAUUCUACACGUAGAUGCCGGAGGGAUGCCAACGUUCAAGUUUCGAGGUGCUUCACGCAGAUGCAGAGUCCUCCUGCAAAGCCCACUCGCUACCGGGAUGGAUCAUUAUCUCUUCGCUCAGGUCGAGCUGAAUGUUCUUCGCGCAAAGAUAUAUGCAUCUCUACCCCAGGGCGCCCAUCUGAGUGACGAAGAGAUUCUUGAUCUUGUCAAAGAUGCCAAACUCGACAUCGAUGUCUGGUUCCAGGACUGGGUACGAAUCUCGCAGCCGCAUCACGAAGCGAUGCCUUGGUUUGUGCCUAACCUUUCUGUUCAGCGCUGCUGGGCUGACAACAUGGCUCUUUGUCGUGCUGUGAGAGCCGCGGGCGUGGAGAAUGUCAACGUCAUGUCGCCCAUCCAGAAGAACAUGUUAUCAAUGACCAGAGCUUCGCUUCAGCAACAUCUUGAUAUCAUCAUCCAAGAACCAAGGAUAUAUCUCAAGAGUAUCCGCUAUGCAAUGGACUUUGUCUGGGCAAAGAACACUUUCUGUUGUCUUCUUCUGCUCAAGUUGUCUGCUUUGCUACCCGACACAGAUAAGUUGCAGACGCAAGGUCUCAGCAAUGAGCUUAUCGUAAAGGCUAGCAUCCUGCUGCAAGAACUAGAACUAGUCGCUGCUGCGGGGCAUAAAGACGACACUCGAUCAAAUACCAGUUCACUAUACCUUCAACUUUUGAAGACGAGUAUACAGAAGUAUAAGCGUUGGCUAGGUCAAGAUGAACAAGGCCCUGGAGGAGGACAAACAUCCUUUCCUCUGACUCAAGAGAGGAACUGCGACAACGAGCUUGAGUCUUUUGUCCCAGACCAAUUUGUCUUCGAAUGGGACUUUCCAGGCCUGACCCUGUUUUCGUCUCCUAUCAAUGAGACCGGUUGGAUCAAUGAACUUCUUACCGGAGCACAAGAGUUUGGGGAAACCGGAAGCAGCAUCAACUGGGCUCUAAUCGACUUUUCUAUGUGA